UGUCGUAAAAUAUCUUUCUCCUCUAGAAACUCAUUGGUGUUACAUCAUGGAAAAAGAAGGGAAGCUAAAACAAGAGGCAUCUACAUGCUUGGUUCAUUUUUUUUCAUUUAUUUGUGAUCUCACUAAACUUUGUCUCCCUACAAAUUGUGGAACAACAUUAGGAAACAUGUCAUGGUGUUCUCUGAUGGUCAACCUCAGGGGAGAAGAGGAGGGCAUUAGAUGGUCAACUUCCAAGAGGAGGAGCAUGAAUCGAACCCUUUCAAGAUACAAUAAAUGUCUAGAUUCUUCAGAGACUGCUUUAGUGGAACAUGAAGAAGAGGAACAUGAAGAAGAGCCUGUUUCUAUCAUACAUAUUCAUUAGUCUACUUUUUGAUCAAAUUAAUGCUUUAUUGAAACAAGAAUUUGAAGAGGUGGACAUUCUGAAAGAUGAAAUCGCUAACCUCAAAGUGAAACAGAUGCAGCUUUUGGGUAAGGACCUUAUUGGCUUGAGCUUAAAAGAACUGCAUCACCUAGAAGAGCAACUAAAUGAAGGAUUAUUAUCUGUGAAAGAGAAGAAGGAACAAUUACUGAUGGAACAACUAGAGCAAUCGAGAGUUCAGGAACAGCGGGCUAUGCUGGAGAACGAGACUUUACGCAGACAGGUUCAGGAGCUUCGAAAUUUCCUUCCAUUGUGUGAACAUUCAGGGAUGCCUUAUCAAGAAUACUUUCCUGCAGAAAGGAAUAAUUCCCUUUUGAAUCAUGGUGCUGCGAGUCCAGAUACUGUCCAUAAUUGUGCAGUUGAUCUGCAAUUGGGGCUUUCAUCUGAGGUUUCUUGCAAAAGGAAGGCACCAGAGAAAGAAAAUCGUUCCAGCAACUCUGGGAGUCAAAUGUCUCUACUUUGAUCCUUUUCUUUACCUUGUCUCUCUGUCUCUCUCCUUAUGUUAGCAAAAUAGGAAUAGCUGCAUAGCAACAAAUGUCAAAUAGCUCUUUCUAGUUUAGCACAGCUUUUGUACAAGAAUCAUUUUGGACUACAAACUUAUCUGACUUUAGGUGACUCCAUUGGCACCAGAGAUCAAGAAUUUGAGAUAGAGAGAGAGAUUGUAUGGUGGGCUGUUGUUAAGCCCAUGUUAUUUACAAUGCCAAUAUAAAUGCUUCUUUUCUUGGAGACCA